ACUCAUUUACUAAACAAAAGAAAAUCAAGUAGAUUUUUUUGUUUGCAAGUAAAGCAGGUGAAAUUGAUAUUUCACUUCAAUUAAUUGUCCGGCAUUAGCUUCAACACUAUGCUACAACAUCCCGCCACAGAUUUCUAUGAUUUGGCUGCAGCGAAUGCUGCCGUGUUGAGUUCACGCCAAACGCCACCUUAUAGUCCGGGCGGCCUAUCAACGGCCGGUUUAGCCAACAAUAAUAAUAAUAAUAGCACAAGCAAUAAUAACAAUUUGGAUAUGUUGUCGCAUAAUGGUAACGCCAAUACCGUACCGGGUUCUACACAUUUAGGUAAUCAGAAUGCAAGUACAAAUGGUGGCGCCAGCAAUGGCGCUAAUGGACGAGAGUCAUUGCCCAGUUUUGGUUUUACCCAGGAGCAGGUGGCGUGUGUAUGUGAGGUUUUACAGCAAGCUGGUAAUAUUGAAAGACUGGGCCGUUUUCUAUGGUCAUUGCCACAAUGUGAUAAAUUGCAAUUAAACGAAUCUGUGCUGAAAGCCAAGGCCGUUGUUGCAUUCCAUCGCGGUCAAUACAAAGAAUUGUAUCGAUUGUUAGAACAUCAUCAAUUCUCACCACACAAUCAUGCCAAAUUACAGGCUCUGUGGUUAAAAGCUCAUUAUGUGGAAGCCGAAAAACUGCGUGGAAGACCAUUAGGUGCUGUGGGUAAAUAUCGUGUUCGUCGUAAAUUUCCACUGCCGCGCACAAUUUGGGAUGGUGAAGAAACAAGUUAUUGUUUUAAGGAAAAAUCUCGUUCAGUUUUAAGAGACUGGUAUGCGCACAAUCCUUAUCCAUCACCGCGUGAAAAACGUGAACUAGCAGAGGCUACGGGACUGACAACAACACAGGUUUCUAAUUGGUUCAAAAAUCGAAGACAAAGAGAUCGUGCAGCGGAACAUAAAGAUGGCAACUCGGAUAAACAACACCUGGACUCAUCGAGUGAUUCCGAAAUGGAAGGUGCUCUCAUGCAACACCACAGCACAACAUCCGCCAACAACAACACAUCGAAUAGCAAUAAUCAUCAUCAUACAACGCAACAUCAUCACCAUCAUCAGCAACAGACGCUCUCACAACAACAACAGCAGCAGCAACAACAACAUACAGCACAACAAUCACCCAAUCAAUCGCUCAGCAAUCACCAUACACAUCAUCACCAGCAGCAACAACAACAACAGCAGCAGCAACAAAGUCAUCACAGUUCGGCAAAUGUAUCAUCACACACCACCGUCGAUCAUACAUUGAGCGCUCAACUGGUGGGUGGACCAGCUUUAUCGGCCGCCGCUGCUGCUGCCGCUGCCAUUGGUUCUACGAAAAGUUCCAUUAAUGCGGCCUCAGCGCAAAUGGCUCCCCUACCUGCGGCCGUGGCCUAUUCCCAUCUACACAAUGUGAUGAGUUCAAUGCCCAUCUAUGAUAUGAGUGAAUAUCAACAUUUAUGAUUUUAGUUAGAUGCCAUUUGUACGGGCAACAGUGAAUGGAUGACAACGGCUGUUAAUGCAGCCAAUGCAACAGCAGCUGCAGCUAGCACAAGCAUAACAACAACUACAGCGCCAACGACAUUGUCGUCGUCAGCUGCAGCGGCCGUGGCAACACAUAGACAACAGCAUCAGCAACAUUAUUAUUUUUAACAAAAUCUAGACACAACUGUUAUAUAAAUUUUAGAAUCAGAAAAACAAUAGAUCAAACACACAGAUGUAUUAAAAAGAGUUGGAAAGGGGAGAAGAAGUUUUUUGGAAAAAGC